CAUGCAUGACAUGAAUUUUUGUGUUGUUAUUGUUGACAUUGUUGUUCUGUUUGUAAAACUUGAAAAUCGUUCAAUUUGUAUUUUGUAACAGUUUUUAAUCAAAGAAGAGAUGCCGGCGGCGCGCGUGACGAUGUGCCCCAGCUUGUGGCGCGUGCACCGCUUCGAGGUGUGGAGCGGGGAGCGCGUGUGUGCCGUGGAGGCGCUGCGCAUGCAGGACUCGCUGCUGCUGUGGCUGGGCGCGGCGGGCGCGGGGGCGGCGCUGGGCGAGGUGGCGCUGGGCGCGGGCGGCGCGGCCACGGCGCUGCGCGCGGGCGGCGCGGGCGAGGCGCGCGCGGAGGGGCUGGCGCGCCGCCUGUCCGCCGCGCUGGCCCGCCCGGUGCACGUGUGUUUCUCCGCGCCGCUGGACCGCUUCACCGCGCCGCUGCUCGAGCGGGCACUCGUCGCUGAGAUCAAGAGUCGACCUGAAUGCUUCUGAACCAUUCUCGAAACUCACUGUAGGAGAACGCUACCUAAAAGGAUAUUGUGAAGGGACUAAUUAUUGCACGAAGAAUCUAUAGAACAUAAAAUUAAUUUACUCA